AUGUUAAGCCGAAUAGGAAGAUCUCAAUUAACCCAUUUUAGAUUUCAGUCGACAUUGUCUUUAGUUGGCUUUAACAAUAAGGAAAUAUCAAUCACUUUAGAUGGGAAGCCAGUAACAUUCAAAACUACAUUCCUACGUGAUGCAUGCACUUCCCCAGAAUCUGUAGAUGCCUCGACAAGUCAGAAAUUGUUUACUACAGCCCAAGCAGCUGCUGAUCUUUCUAUAGCAAAAGAGCCAUCUGUUGUCAAUAACAAACUCAAUAUUCAAUGGAGUAACAAUGGAAAACUUCUCAACUCAACUUACUCAGCUUCAUUCUUGACCGAGUAUUCAACACCCGAGGGGCCGAGAAAGGAUUUGUUUUUUGACAGUGAUCGGAAAUUGUGGGACCAUAAAGAGUUGAUGGCCAAUUUGGACUCCUUACACCAUGAUUACAAUGCCUACUUGAACGACGACAAAACGUUUUUCGACGCUGUAUAUAAUAUGAACAAGUAUGGAUUGUGCUUUAUCGACAACAUCCCACGACCCAAGUUGGAGAACAUGAAUGAGUCAAAUGUGACUCAAUGGCCCGUGGCCAAAUUAGCUGAGAGGUUUGGAUACAUCCGCAAAACAUUUUACGGAUCAUUAUUUGAUGUGAAAAACUUGAAGAGUGAAGCCAAAAACUUGGCCUAUACAAACACAUUCUUGCCGUUACAUAUGGACUUGUUGUAUUAUGAAUCACCUCCUGGUGUGCAAAUGCUACACGCAAUUGACAACUCGACCUUGGGCGGCGAAAAUAUCUUUUGCGACUCAUUCUUGGCUGCUGAACAUGUUCGUCAAGUUGACCCCAAAGCUUACACGGCGCUUACAAAAAUUCCAAUUACGUUCCAUUACGAUAAUAACAACGAGUAUUAUUACUAUAAGAGACCGCUUAUAAUUGAAGACCCAGAAAUCACUGGCGAUUUUCCCAAAAUUUGCGCCUUGAAUUACUCACCACCUUUCCAGGGACCCUUUGAAAUUGGAAUAACAAAACAAGAUCCAGCUUAUGAAAUGUUUGACGACUUCAUUCGUGGGUUCCAGUUGUUUGAAAAAUUCAUCAAUGAUCCUACCAAUCAUUACGAGGUUAAGUUGAAGGAAGGCACGUGUGUGUUUUUCGAAAAUCGUCGUGUAUUGCAUUCGAGAAAUGAGUUUUCUGAUUCCAAUGGAGGCGAUAGGUGGUUGAUGGGCACUUAUGUAGAUGGUGAUAGUUUACGUUCGAAAUUACGUAUAGGAUAUCGUAAAUUUAAAUAA